AUGCCUGUAAAAAGUACCAUCAGUGAAUGGGAUGCUGUGCAAAGAGCAAGCUUUAUGGGGUUGCUGCAAAGUUAUAGUGUUUUUGAUGGGUUUUCUUUUGCCAGGUGUAGAAUUGUAUGCGAAAACCUGUUUAAUAUUUUUUUUGUAUUCCAGAAUGAAACAUCAUGCCUUACAUGGGAGGGAGAGCAGUUUCAAGGCAAAAUUGCAAUCGUUAAGAAAAUUACUAGCCUUCCUUUUCAUGAAAUUCAACACAGCAUAACGUCGGCAGACCACCAGCCCACGGCUGAGGGCUGUGUACUGAGUAUGGUAGUAGGUCAGCUUAAGGCUGAUGAAGAUCCUAUUAUGGGGUUCCAUCAAGUGUUCCUACUGAAGCGUGUUAAUGAUGCGUGGAUUUGUACGAAUGACUUGUUCAGGCUAUCACUGCACAAUUUUGCUGCCUGAUUUUACCAUGGAUUAAUGGCUUUAAUGCUCUUGCUCGUCCGAUGUUCACAUCCACCAAGUUUCAGACAUACUCCAGUGUGAACCUGACUGGCAAGCAGUGGACCUGUGCUGUAAUGGAUCCUACUUAUCAGCACUGACCCUGUUGUGCAUGCUGUUUGGAAGUUAGUUUUAGGUACAUUUGCUGAGGUGGUUCCCUUCAGUUGUGUAUUUUAACAGCAUGCCUUAGAGAAGAUAAAGAGGGGAGGAUUUACUUUGCUUUUUGUACUGACCUCUAGUGAUCCAAAGACUAAAAGAAAACAGCAGGUUCCUCUAGAAGCCCACAUGUUAAGUUGUCCAGCUGUUAUAUUACCACAUUACACAUUAAACAAUACUUUCUUGACUUGUCAAUUUUUUUUUUUACUAUAUCGACGUGUUUAUAUAGGAAGAGAGAAAGGGAUAUGCUGCAAGAGUCAGUUUCAGGUUUGCUUCCACCACCCUGAGUUGCCAAGGAAGAAAGGCAUUAAUUUUAUUAACUGUUAAAUAAAUGCUGAACAGCAUUUCAGUUGCAACAAAAGCUGAUGUCCCUUUUUGAACUUGCCUUCCUAUUCUCAGCUACUUUUUUUUAAAGCUGCCCAGACUGUACAGUUGAAGAAAACACUGUAUGAAGCAUGGAAAAGAAAGCUUGGUACCCCAGGUUGUCAGUGUGUUGCAGUUUUUUGAGAUUAUUGAUCUUCAUUAGAAAAAAAUAUUAAAUUUCUGAUGUCUUAA